CCCUUAAUCCUCCAUCAACAACCAAUAAGUAAACACACUUCAUUCACAUUUCCAAUAAACACCUCAAUAAUAACAAUAAUAAUAAUAAUAAUCCCCACCCUUCACAAUACCAUAAACAAAAUCCGCCACUAAGAAUAAAAAUAAUACAAUAAUAAUGGCGGUGAACAAGAAAGCAAUCGGAAUAGGAGUCUCCAUCAUCCUCGUGGUCGGAGUCUGCAUCGGCGUCAUCGCCAGCGUCUCCAAGACCCACGGCAAGGGCGCCCCCGAUGGCGGCGGCGGCGACGACAACGCCGCCGCCCUCUCCUCCGCCUCCAAGCAAGUGGCCGCCAUCUGCGUCUACACCGACCACGCCGAAAAAUGCGUGGACAGCAUGAGCUCCGUCGCGGGCAACGAGAGCGCCACGCCGAUCGACUACCUCAAAGCUGCCAUCAACUACACAAUCACCCACGUGAAACACGCGGCCUACAGCACGGCCGUGCUGCAGAACCAGACGACAGGGGGAAAAAACAACAACAACAAGAACAACAUGACGCAGGAGCUGGCGUUCAAGUACUGCGGGGAGCUGCUGGACCUGUCCGUGGACGAGUUAACAAACUCGCUGGCGUUCCUCGGGACGGCGGAGCAGACCGCGGACGUGGUGGAGAUGGAGCAGGAGAUCAGGAACUGGCUGAGCGCCGUGAGGGCGUACCACGGGACGUGCGUGGACGGGUUCGAGGGCACCGGAGACCUCCACAAGGGGGUCUCCGACGGUCUGUUGAACUCGACCCAGCUCACCAGCAACGCGCUGGCGAUAUUCGCCAGCGUGUCCAGCAUCCUGGCGAACUUCAACCUGACCGCCGCCUACGACGGUCUCAUCGACGGGGCGAAGAGCCGCCGUCGGCUCAGUCUCAGGAGGAGGAUACUGCAGGAGGAGGAGGGAACACCCCGCGGGGGCCGCGGGGGGUUCCCUCACUGGUUGUCCACACAGGACAGGAAGCUGCUGCAGGCAGGCCCGCCCAAGCCCGACGCGGUCGUGGCUCAGGACGGGAGCGGGCAGUUCAGGACCAUCACUGCCGCACUCGCUGCUUACCCUAAGGGCCCGCUCAACGGAGGCAGGUACGUGAUCUACGUGAAAGCAGGGAUCUACGAUGAGUACAUCACGAUUACGAAGAACCAGCCGAACAUCUUUAUGUACGGGGACGGUACGCGCAAGACCGUCGUCACGGGCAACAAGAGCAACAAGGGUGGCUUCCCCACUUGGGGCACUGCUUCCUUCGCGGUGAUCGGGAACGGGUUCAUCUGCAGGGACAUGGGAUUCCAGAACACGGCCGGCGCGAUAGGGCACCAGGCGGUGGCACUGAGGGUGCAGUCCGACAGGUCGGUGUUCUACAACUGCAGGAUGGACGGGUACCAGGACACGCUGUACCAGCAGGCACACUAUCAGUUCUACCGUAACUGCGAGAUCUCGGGGACGGUGGACUUCAUCUUCGGGGACGCGUCGGCCAUAAUCCAGAACAGUAAGAUCAUAGUCAGGAAGCCGAUGCCGGGCCAGGCGAGCACCGUGACGGCCCAGGGGAAAACGGACAAGAACGAGGUGACGGGAACCGUCCUCCAGAACUGCGCGAUCCUGCCUGACACGCUGCUCGCGCCCGUGACGGCCCAGUUCCCUUCGUACCUCGGGAGGCCGUGGAAGCAGUACUCGACCACGGUCAUCAUGCAGACCGCGAUCGGCGGGUUCAUCAACCCGGCCGGGUGGAUGCCCUGGGCCGGGAGCCUGUACCUGGACACGCUUUUCUAUGCGGAGUUUGGGAACACGGGCCCGGGCGCCAAUACGGCCCAAAGGGUGAAGUGGAAGGGGUUCCGUGUCCUUACCGCGGAUCAAGCGAACCAGUACACGGUCGGACCGUUCCUUUUGGCUAACCAGUGGCUACCCAACACCGGCUUGCCUUUCUCCACCGGCAUGGGACCUUGAUUUAUAUAAUUUUUUUUUUGAAAUAUUAUUCUUUGGUUCUUUCUAGAUAUUAUUUUUGUAGUUGAUGAUUCAUUUUACACCCGCUCCAUGUCAAACCCUUCUCCCCCCGCUUUUUUUCCCCCUUCCACAUGCAUGGAAUUUUGAAUAAAUAUUGAUUCAUUCAAUAUACAUAAUGAUGAAUUCAAGUUAAUUAAUGAUCAAUUCGUUGGUUCAUUUUUUUUUAAAUUCUUGCC